AUGAAGGAGCAGCGCACGCCCCUUGCUCGCUUGCUCGCCGAAAGCUCGGUCCGCUUCUCCCAGGCGGGCCUACGCGGACUGGUUGGGGUACGGCUUUCCUUCGGGGACGCCGCCGGCGCAAUUUUUGCUGGCUUUCUCGUUUACGAGUGCUUUUUCAUUGACUGCCGUUGCCUGGUGCAUGGCGUCGAAGAAGAUGAGAAGAAGGAGGAGAAGGAGAAGAAGAAGGAGAAGGAGAAGAAGAAGGAGAAGGAGAAGAAGAAGGAGAAGGAGAAGAAGAAGGAGAAGGAGAAGAAGAAGGAGAAGGAGAAGAAGAAGGAGAAGGAGAAGGAGAAGAAGAAGGAGAAGAAGAAGAAAAGGAAGAUGGUGUCUUGUCUGGAUGAAGUGGGUGUGUCGUGUCACUGA